UGGGUGGAUGCUGUCUCAUUCCCCUCAUGGCUGCUCAUUCUCUGCUGCGUCAUUAACAUCGUCCUCAUUAACUUACAUCACCACAGAGCUGGAAACAAGUUGCGUCCUCUUCCUGUCUCACUGCCUGGGGAUGAGCAUUAGAAGCCCUUCAUUGUUCCCAGCCUCAUUAGUGUACUCUGUAUAAGACGAGAAGAGGAGUUUAGAUGUUCACUUUUGGACUGGAGAGUGAAGGAGCUCUCUACACUGACCUGCCUGCUGCUAUGAGGAGAAGAAGCUAUGAUGAAGUUACUAAUGAAAGACAACAGCACUUGCGCAGUCUGGCCAGGAGAAGACGAUCAGCACCAAGUGCUGUGUUUGGGAAGACUCUGGGAAUGUCUUGGCCCUCCAUUAGGGAGGAGUGUGUACCUGCAAUCGUGAUAGAUCAGUGUCCGUUUGUCCUCGGGCUGAGCAAUGAGGACUCGGAGCUCAUCCUGGAGGGCACGGUACAGCUUACUGAGGGACAGAAGACAAGUGAAAGACAUAUAUUCCUUUUCAGUGAUGUGUUGGUCAUCGCUAAGCUCAAAUCCAGAGGCAGCUACAGGCUAAAACACAGAAUUAACCUGGAGCAACUUUGGGUCUGUGAAUUUAGAAGUGAGGAUGAUGAAGGAUGUGAGGAUGAAGACAGAUGCACCCAUGUGAAGAAGACAAUCAUUCUGGCUUGGUCUGUCUCUCUCUGUCUACUGACAUUCAGAGCAGACUGCUAG